AGGAUUUAAUUACCGAAGUCACAUUUUAUAGCGCGAUUCUUAAUAACAACUACUACCGUGGCUGCCUCCGCCACAUAAUCAGUAACUAAAUUCAAAACAAGGUGCUUCUAGAAGAUUCGAACAUUUCGUAUCCGAAUUUUUAUUAACUAUUCAAAGUCAAAAUUAAAAACCCUAAAAAUGAAAUUUCCCCAAAUCUGAAUGGAAUCAUGUGCCCUAAUCCACAUCUCACUUUUCGGACUAUCCACUAACAUCGGUUCUUGGAUCUUCCGUUCAUCGUUUUUCUUCGCCGGCGGCUGAGCCACCGUAUCUGAUAAUCUUCGUAGCAAGAAAAAGGAGAGGAAAACUGGGGAAGCGAAAGAAAGUAAAGAGGAGAGGGGAAGAGAUGGAGAGUUUAGGUGCAGUGGAUUGCGCCGUUGGAUCCAUCGUUUGGGUCAGGAGAAGGAACGGUUCGUGGUGGCCGGGUCAAAUACUUUGCUCCGAUGAUCUUUCUGCUUCUCAUCUCACCUCACCUCGAUCCGGAACUCCAGUUAAACUUCUGGGAAGAGAAGAUGCAAGCGUAGAUUGGUAUAACUUGGAAAAAUCGAAGCGUGUGAAACCGUUCAGGUGCGGUGAAUUUGAUGGAUGCAUUGAAAGGGCAGAGUCCGCCCAGGGUAUGCCGUUGAAGAAAAGAGAGAAAUAUGCACGCAGAGAAGAUGCUAUUCUCCAUGCUCUUGAACUCGAGAGGCAAACGUUGAAGAAACAAGAUAAAUUAGGAACUGGGCAAAUGGGUGCAGCAUUCCGAGCGAAGAGGAGCAGAUGCGUGUACUUGCCAGCUGAGUCUAGUGAUUCUCUGGAUUACAAUGAAACUCUAACCAGUGUUCCAAUCUCAUCUUCCCACCUUGGAGGGGAGUAUCCUUAUGGAAGCUCAUUGGCUGAGGAAAGCGAAUCUGCUUUUCUGAAUGAUGUUGAAUCUGAUUCUUCUGAAACUGCUUCUAUUAAUUCUGAUUCAGAUUCAUCUGAAACAGAACUAGACAACGACGAAGAGAUGACUAUAUUUUCAGAAACUGGACACGAUGCCGAGGAACAAGAAAGCACUAGCAGUGAGGAUCCUGAUGACUUAGCAAUUUCCAGUGACAUGCCGCACCUCUAUCCGCGGGAACCUAUAACAUGUAAUGAAGCUGUAUCCAAAUGGCAAUUAAAAGGAAAGAGGAAUAACCGAAAUCUUGUAAAAAGGUCUCUUGUUGCUCCUGAUAGGAAAGGUGGUGUUUUAUAUGGAGUAGAUGUUGAAGGACAGAAAAGCCAUUUAAACCACAAGAGGUUGGGACCUAGUUUUCCUUACUACAGAUUUGAUUAUAGUGAUGCUCUUGAUGAUACUGAUCAAAUGUUUGAAUACUCUCUAACUCCUAGAGCAGUGGCAAAAGGUCAAAAUAAAAUUCCCCAUGGUGUUGAUUGGGAUGAAUGGCCUUGGGAGGAUCAGCCUGCUUUGAAAGGAUAUUGGGAUUAUAAAGGGUUUGCUCCAUUAUAUAGUGAUCGUUAUCAUUAUGAUGAGAGGACGAGGUCAAUGCUGGUAGAUGUAGACUUAAAGGUUCAAACAACUUACCGGAAAGAGUCUGUCCCUAUUAUUUCUAUGACGAGUAAGUUAGAUGGGAGGUCAAUAAUUGGGCGCCCAAUCCAAAUUGAAGCCCUUAAGGAUGGCUCCUCUGACAACCUUUUUUCUGCAAUUGAUGACUUCAGUAUUGAUGGGAUUGGCUUUGAGGGAAGUAGUGUACUUUCACCAGCUUGGAGAACUGCGAGGAGAACAGCCAACUUUCGUGUCCCUCGUCCCCAUAUAUUGUCAUCAAAUGUUGAUGAAGACUUCUCCUUAGAUCAAGAAAGAAAUAUUGGACAUAAGAAAUCAAAUGGUGGAAGUUCCAGACAUAAUGCAAACCUUUGGAAGAAGAAUGGCCUUAACAGUGCCGGCGGGCCUUCAAUUGACAAUAAGUCCUUUAAAAAGAUUGCAAAGAAAGUGAGCUUGUCAUCAAGUCAGAAAACUAGAACCCUUUCCUCUUUAUCUAUUGAAGAUAAUCUUAGUAGAAAACCAUCACUUACUAGAAGUUUUUAUCAAACCGAUAGGUUGACUAAACCAGAGGUCUCUGGGCUCACUACUGUAGCUUGCAUACCAGUUAAAUUAGUAUUUAGUAGAUUACUUGAGAAGAUUAAUAGGCCACCUUUAAAAGCAGCUACUAAUGUGGAGAGAAAAUCUUAGGUUAUAUGUACAUUCUUAUAUAUUAGAAUAAUAAUCUUGCAGUGGUGGCACAACAAGUGGUUGGUUAUCUUGUUUCAAACGAAAUAGAAAUCUUAUUCAAUUGAUUGUUAGUAUUUUGAGGCUGAAUUUGAAGGGUAGACCCCAAUUCAUCAUGUAAAUAGAUAACAGAAGACUCAUGAAGUCAUUUUGCUUCCUUUAGUUCUGAUUCUCA